AAAUUCCUGAGCCACCUGCUCGGAGCUCGAUUUCCCUUUCAAGCUGUGUGUUCUGCGGGGGCAGGGAGAGCUGCAAGGGCUCAUCUUUCAGAACAUGCUGCAAAGGCCCUUUGAAGUCAUCCGCCCUGCUCUUGGCACCUUGCACCUGGAGCUGAGCUCUUCCAAAAAUGACCCCUGCGCAUUCCGCUGGUGCCGCCGCCCAGCCCAGGCAGUCGCGGUCAAGAGCAGGGGAAGCAGCAGCGCGGCCGACAGCUGGGAGAGCCGAAGCCCUGAGGGAGGACCCUGCCUCAAGCCAAGCAGCCAGGCCCUGCAGCCCUCUCCCCACCCCUGUGUGGCCCUAGCGCAAGGAACUGGGACGGGGCUUUCAGGCCUUGAAGUUCAGACUUGCUCCACCAAACCUUCCCAUCACUGGCUGAUGGAGGGCCCCGAGCUGGGCGCUGUGGAUGCCCUUCCAGAGAGACCUGCUAGACUGAGCCGCUUCCAUCAGCCAGACGUGAGAAUAAGAGCAUUUAGUGAGGAAAUUGCCUAGUCAUUUGCAGGCUAAGAGGAAAGACCGCGCUGCAGAACAACUUAUUUUAAUAGGAAGCACCAACACUUCUCAUCUUAAUGCUAACGACCGCCCGUUGGUAUUAGAUGAUCCCCUGAGCGCCUUUCCUUUUGUCUCCUUGAGUUUGAACCGUUAAGACCACCUGGACGGUGGGGAAAUCCUCCCUCAACGCGCAUUGCUCAUCUCGCCACGAGGGGGCGCUCCCAGAUCAGAGACAUGCGGCUGCCGCCCACCCGCCUCGCGGCCGCCACCUCCUGUGCAUGCAUCAUCUUCGCGCACCUGCCCAGAGGGCGGGGCCCGGGGUCUCCUGCCCCAUUAAGACUCCCUGAAGUCCAGAUGCAGCCCUGAAGGCUAGAGCAAGGUCACUAUCGAGGAACAAGAUGUGGAGAAGGCACAUAGACGUCCCGGGAUCUCUGUGAAAACUCUGGACCUCUGGGAAGUCAAUGGGGACCGCACUGAGGGCCUACUGUGUGCCAGGGCUUUAUGUAACCCAAGUUAUUCACUCCACAAAUACUGAGGGCCUGCAGAGGUGGCUGUCCAAGAAGGGAAGGAAGCUGAGGGUGAAGGAGGGAGGCUGACUCUCAGACCAGUUUCCCUGGCAGCCAGCAGAGCGUUCCACAGCAUGUUGCCAAGCAAGAAAGUGGUCUCAGCUGUGCACUAGCUUCAGCCUGCUCCUAAGGGAGCUCUGGAGUGGGAGCUGCACUACCACGAGGGCGUCAAAUGAGAAGUGUAUUGAUAUCCCAGCAGACCUCAAUAUCGUUUUUCAUCUUCCCGCUAUAACCAGAAUAUGCGCGCAAGCAGUGCAGGAGCUCUUCUUUUUAGAGUGCAACAAAUGAACUUCAACCCCUCCCGAGAAGUGAGUAAAGAGGCAGCCCUAGGACACAGAGACAGUGCAGUGAGGCUGCCGUGACUUAUCGCCCAGGAACCCACUGAUUGAGUAACUUUGGACAAAGCCUCAAGCAAAGAUAACUGUUUAAAUGGCUGCGGCAGCGGAAAAAUCAGUUUGGCUGAUUGAUGUCCUGGGUUUCUUGUUAGUGGGUGGCUUCCAGCCAUGGCUCUGCCUCGGCUCCCAGAAUUACUCCAAUAAGUGAUUUGCUCAUCCCUAACUCUUCCCAGGAGGUGGGGAGAGGGGGCUGAAUCAGCCCUCUCACAACCCUGAUUGGGAUUUAAUAGGGGACUAGUGGGCAUUGGUGCACUGGGGGCAAUGUGGGGAGAGGAGCAGAUUUGUCAGGCUUGGCAAAAAUAUCUGGCUCCUGCCUGUGGGUGUGGAGGGGAAAAUAAAGUCAGAAAAGAAGCGA